UCUUUGGGCGAGAGCAAGAACUAUGUUCUUGUUUGUUCUCGGAACAAGAACAAAAUCUGUGUCACCCAAACGUCAAGAACAAUCCAGAAGAACUUGUUCCUGGAACAAAAAUUUUGCACCACCUCAAUUGCGGGAACUUAAAGAACAAAAAUGGCGGACAGAGAUUAGAGAGAUGUCUACAGAAAUCGACACAAUAAAGUGGACUUGUUAUAUUUGUCAUAAAGCCCCAUCCCGUUUUGUUUGUGCAUAUCUCUCGGAGCAAGAGGAUAGGAAGAAAACAACAAUUUUUAUAGAGGGACCUACAGAUUCUGGAGAAUACAAGAUUUAUCUAAGGUGUGUCAACUGCCACUUGUCAUUUCAUGCCAGCUGCUCGCAGUUUGAGAUCCAUACCAUACUAUUAGGGGAAACAGCAGCAUCGGAAAUCCUUUGUAACAGUUGUGCAUAAAAUGGCCAAUCACAGAAAGACCAUCACACAGGAAACCAUGCCUUUGCAAUCCUCUGAUGUACUUGUAACGACAUCCGGUGAAAAUGUUAUCGUUCAAUGUCCAGACCAUUUAGUAGAAACUUUAACAUCACCUGACACAGAUCCAGCUGUAAAGAAUCUCAUUUGGAAAGGGUUAUUGAGUCAGAGUGCGGGAGAAGGUGGUUCCGAAGCAGGAUUGGAUGCCAAAAUAAAUUGCAGCCAGGAUGAUGAUGAUUAUACAGGGGACAGUACAAGCAGUAGUUUGCCAGGUCAACAAAAAUGGAAAGAUACAGAGAGUAAAAUGUUGAUUGAUCUCAGAAUUAAAAUGGAUGAUGAAUUUAGAGGCAGUAAAACACAUAAGGCUUUAUGGAACAAGCUUGCAGACACUAUGAACAAAAAUGGUAUGUUUGUUACCGGAGAAAAGUGCAGCAAUAAGUGGAAAAGUAUUAAGAGAGACUAUAAAACAGUAGUUGAUAAAAAUGCUAAGAGUGGGAGUGGAAAACAGAAGAAGUGUAAAUUUUUUGAUGAGCUCAACAACUUGUUUGGCAAUAAACCCAGUACUCGGCCAGAAUGUGUUGUGGACACAAGUAGUUUUAUCACAAAAAGCAAGGCCCGGACAGACAGUUCCACAGAGAAUGCCACAGUGCCAAACUGCCCUCCAAACACCACAGCCUCUGAUACGGAUGAAGAUUCAGAUUCACAAGCAGUCCAGAUAAGAAAACGCAAAAUAUUACAUGGUAAGAUGACUGCCACCAAAGUCAAGAAAUCUGGAACAGACAGGCUUAUAGACUGGCUUGAUAACUACAAAAGCGUACAGCAAGAUAUGCAAGAAAAACAACUGAAAUUUCAAAAAGAGCAAGAUGAGGAAAAAUUUCGAAGGAUGGAUAGGUUUCUGGAAUUGAUGUCAAAACAAACAGGGAAGAAGGAUGAAAAUUAGUGAUUUGCUGAGCAUUGCACUUCAAAUGAUAUUAAUUUUUUUAAUCAUGCCAGUCAGGUUCAGAAUUUUGUUUUUAUUCCUAAAUUACAUACCUUUUUGUGUCAUGUGCAGAGCCUAUUGUAAGUAAAAUACAUUCAAGCCAUUUAAUGUUUUUUGCACAUCAUGUGCCAGGAUCUGGCUUGUCCCAAAGCAGAAUUGAUGGGUUUUUUUAUAUGUUAUAUGUGCAUUUUGUCAUUUUAUUAUGAAUAUUGUUUUACACAGGCAGUGAGGCAAUAAGCACCUGGAAGUGUUCAAACAUUUUUUGUUAAAUUAUCAUUUCAAGUACUCAUUGUUUACAAAUGAUGUAAAGAUGUUUUUUCCUAUUUUAAUCAUCAAGGUUUUCCUUAAAAUGAUCAAGAGAGCUUUUCUGAUUUAAUGGAAACAUCUGUCUGUCUAUGUUGUCUGUUAACUUUUCACUCUGAUGACUUCUCCAG